GCAUUUUGCGCAUCAAGCAGUUAUAAACAUACAUAUACCAACGCACAUAAUUACAACAUAUAUUAAAUAUAAUAAUCUGUAGUCUGACCUUCGGAGGCUGUGCGGAAAUUGGAAAACAGAUAAAAUCGAUGGAGGAUUUAACGCCCCUUACGAAUUUUCAACAGUUAUAAAUAUAAACGAUAAAGGAUAUAAGUUAUUAAGUCAACGAAGAAUUGUUGCAUUGCUGUUAUUAUUACAACUACUUUUGUUUAAUUUGCUGGAACGAAGAAAAUGUCAGAACGUCAGCCGCUUUUACUCCAAACAUCGGAUUCAAGAGCUCUUGAAAACCGGACAAUACCGCGACCAGAUAUCCGAAACUCACCAGAAAAUACACUAGUUAAUGUGCAAAGCGAUGAGAGUAUUGCUGCUGGUUCCGAUGAAAGUUUAAAUAAAUCAAACUAUAAACCAUCGAUGCAUCGUACUUUGGAGCAUCCCACCUCUAAUUUGGAUACCAUGAUACAUUUACUUAAAGGCAAUAUAGGCACCGGUAUUUUGGCUAUGCCAGAUGCCUUUAAGAAUGCUGGUUUAUUUGUGGGACUUUUCGGCACAUUAAUAAUGGGCGCCAUUUGUACGCAUUGCAUGCAUAUGUUGGUUAAAUGUUCACAUGAAUUAUGCAGACGUCUACAACAGCCAUCCUUAAGUUUUUCCGAAGUAGCUCAUUGCUCAUUCGACACGGGACCCAUUGGUUUAAGACGUUAUUCUGGACUAGCACGGCGUGUAAUUACAACAUUCUUAUUUAUAACGCAGAUGGGUUUCUGCUGUGUUUACUUUGUAUUUGUGGCUCUUAACAUCAAAGAAGUGAUAGAUCAUUACUUCAUGAAAUUAGAUGUACGCGUCUAUUUAAUGAUAAUGCUAAUACCAAUGAUUUUAUUAAAUUUAGUGCGAAAUCUCAAGUACCUGACGCCAGUAUCAUUGUUUGCAGCUAUUCUAACGCUAACUGGCUUAGCUAUAUCGUUUUUCUAUAUGCUACAAGACUUACCACCAACGGACACAGUAAAACCAGUGGCAUCUUGGGCUACUUUACCACUAUAUUUUGGUACAGCCAUAUAUGCUUUCGAAGGUAUUGGCGUAGUUUUGCCUUUAGAGAAUAAUAUGAAUACUCCGGAAGAUUUUGGCGGUACUACUGGUGUUUUGAACACAGGCAUGGUAAUUGUUGCCUGCCUUUACACAUCCGUCGGAUUCUUUGGUUAUUUAAAAUACGGGGACGGUGUCAAAGGUAGCAUUACCUUAAAUUUACCACAAGAAGAAAUAUUAUCACAAAUGGUACGCAUUGCAAUGGCAGUUGCUAUCUUUCUUUCAUAUACGCUCCAAUUUUAUGUUCCAGUGAAUAUUGUGGAACCUUUUGUGCGAAAUCAAUUUGAUACAACCCGUGCUAAAGAUGUGGCAGCAACCGUUUUGCGUAUUGUGUUGGUCACUUUUACUUUUAUUUUGGCUGCUUGUAUACCAAAUCUUGGUCCAAUUAUAUCUUUAGUAGGUGCUGUUAGUAGCUCGGCAUUAGCACUUAUUGCACCACCUAUUAUAGAGAUUAUAACAUUUUGGACAGUGGGUUUUGGACGCUACAAUUGGGUACUAUGGAAAGAUAUUGGUAUUUUGGUAUUUGGCUUGUGUGGUUUUGUAUUUGGUACCUAUGCUAGUGUAGCACAAAUCUUAAAUCCAAGUAUUAAUUAGUGAUAUUCUUAAGUAGCGAAUAACUAUUUACAAUAAGUGGUAUGUUUAGCGCGAUUAUUAGGCUAAUUAGUACGUUUGUGGUAAAAGUUGGGUAGCAAAUUUUGCAAUUUAUUCCAAAGAAGCAACGGUUUAAUAGAAAUGAAAUGUUUCCAUAUAAAAUACUUAAAGGUGCUAUCAUCCAAUAAUGUGUGUUUUAGGUAUGAUUAUAAAGAAUGAAGUAGUUAAUUAAGAGCUUGAAGAUAAUCUUUUAAAAGCAUUUGUUUAAAGUAGUUUUUUUUUUUUUUAGGUUAAGUCGUUUUUUUAACUUAAUUUUAUGUUAGUUAUGUGAUGAAUAUAUAAUUUACAAGAAAAAAAUGUUCUGUAUACACAAACUUAUACCAGAGACAACUUAUAUAUAGAUUUCCAAUGCCAUUCAAAUCAAAUGUCCAAUAAAAUUUUGAAAUUUGACCACAUGAUCCUGGUUCAAUCUACAAUAACGUGUCGUCAUUCAUACACAUACCAUAAACUAAGAAGAAACACAUAGAUUAAAUUAAAAAAUGUAUGAGUUCAUAUUAAUCUUCCAUAUUUAAGUUAAUUCAAAACAAAAAUCCAAUCCAGUUUAUAUGUGUUUCAAAAGCAAAGUACAAAAUUUAAAAUUUUUAAUUUAUGAUUCAAUGUGCUAGUAAGAACUUCAACUGAGAAAUUACUGUUUUCUGAAAUAUUCAAAUCAUUGCCGAUUUCGUGGUUGGCGUUGGAUUUAAUUAAACGAAAAUUAUUUAUAUAUUUCACUUAUUUUAGAUUAGUAUUUACUGAAAUAAUUCCAAUUAAUACUUACUAAUUGAUUGAUUUCUACGUUUAUAGCAAUUUAUGUGUCAAAUUAGCCAGUCAUCCGAGUAGCUUCGUUGGGCAUUCCAAUAAAUAUUUAUAAUUCUACCAAUUAUUGUUUACGUUAAGUAGAAACCUGCAUUUUUAUAUGAUUAUUAUAAAUACUAACAAAUAUAGCGUAUGCUUAGUUGGUCAUUAUAGACGUAAGUCGUCCUCGGUAACAUUCAGUAGUAGCUGCUGUAUUGAUGUCCAUGUAGUGCAUCGGUUUAUUUCUAGAUGCUUUAAUCUCUUAUCUGGCUACUUACUUCCCUGAAUAUUGUGAAUUACUUAUUUAAUUUAAACUUGAUUUUGUACAAAUUACAAUUCAAUCUUAAAUUAGGUGUUGGAUUUUUUUAUAGAAUUUAUGGAAAUUACGGUUACUUGCGCUACGUGAAUAGGGUAUAAAAAUAUUCCACUUCUUUCAGAUUUCAUAAUUUAUAAUUUAUGUGUUUUAUGUGUGUUUUACAUCAUCUCAAAGUAAUUAAAGACAAAUUGUGAUCCUUUGUUAGUUACCAUAAUUUUUAAAUGCAUAAAAUUAUAUUUCUCCUUCUUCAUUACUCAAUAAAUUUGAAUCAAUAUAGCCAAUCUAAUAUAUCUUUAUAUGUUUCCUAGCUUAUGUAGCUAACAAUAAAUCUCAAUUUUCAUUAUUCUUUAAAUUCAAAUCAAUUUAAUCCUACUAAAUAUCUUUAUAUGUGUUCUAGCUCGUGCAGCCAAAACAAUAUUAGUCUGUUUUGUUGAAAACCCAAAAGAUGAUUAAUGUUAAACAAUAACUAAUUUUUUUAAAUUAAUUACUUAUUGAAUAUAAACUACAUAUAACAUAGAUAAACUACUUGUACUUAUGAUUUCAAUUACUUUAUUAUUUGUAAUCAUUAAACUACCUCAAUUUGUAUGGAUACAUAUCUCUCUUAGCGUAUUGAACCGUUGCUUACUCUUAAAAUAAUACUAUUUUUGCUCAUAAAACUUUCCGACAAUAAACUUAAUUUGUUUUUAAAUGAUAUAUACAUAUAAAUAUAUACAUAUAUUUAUAUAAUUUUUGUUUAAUGUAACCAUUGAAAGAGACAUUGUGAUUCUAAGUAGUGAAAUAAUUCUAUACUUUAUUUCAUUUAUCUCAAAAGACAAUAACUAGCCUAUUAAGUAUUUUUACAC